AUGUCCAAUUCGAUAUCGCAAUCAACACCUACCAAUGGCAAUAAUAGCAACAAUCGACCUCGAUCUUCUUCUAUUUCAAGUAUUAUGACUAUCAAUGGAGUCACUUCUCCUAGUUUUGAUGUGCAUACUAUUUAUCGAAUCAAGACAACUAGAUCAUCGAAAAAACUGGAUCAUUUUUUUGGCGAACAGAUUCCUCACGAUAUCUGUAUCAAGGAAAUCAAAAAGGAAGGUCUCAAGGCAUUAUUACAAUCCAAGGUUCCUCUGUGUUACUUUUUAUAUCAUCUGUUGGAAGAAUAUAGUCAUGAAAACUUGUUUUUCUUUAUUGAAUUGGAACAAUACGAAACGUUUCAAUACGUGUCCCGUGUACAACAAUUAGCAACAGCACAACAUAUUUUUAAUACUUAUUUGACUCGUAACAGUCAUUUUGAAGUCAACUUGGAUGACAAAGUACGACGAACAGUGACGGAUGCUUUACAGCGAAAGGAUGUAGAAAAAUGCUUUGAAACGGCGAAACGAUCGGUGUACUCUUUAUUGGAGUCCAGUUAUAUGCGUUUCUUGAUGACAGAUAUAUAUCAAAAAAUGAUCACUAACUGUGGCGAAUUGACAACACAUUAUCCAGAUGAAAUACGAUUUACAGCAGUCAAUGUCUUGUUGGAUUAUAUUGAACGUGAACACGCCAUGAUUUACACCAAUCCUUUGACAGAUGCACCAGUUUUUAUGAGUGUGUCUCAAACUUCCAAACGACGUCACGAAUUGAUCAAGUCAAUGAUUCAUGAAUAUUGUCGUACUCUUGUUGGUGUUGAAUUUAAUUAUUAUCGUCAAGAUCCAAAUGAAGAUUCCAAUAAUCAACAACAACAACAACAACAGCAACAACAACAACAACGAUCACCAUCUCCUCAAGAAAGUAAAUCUCCAAAACAACAAGGCAAAAGCAAGUUUGAUUUUUUAAAGAAGAAAUGA